AUGCUGGAAGAAGCUGCCCAAGCGCCGAGUAUUACACCACUUCCCGGUGGCAUCACGCAGAGUGAGCAUGAAGUGCAGAUGGCGAACCUGGAGGUCCGCUUGCGUCAGCACUGUUUGGACCUCAUUGGCCCAACUGUUCGGAGAGCAGCUGCAUUCGAGCAUGAUGUCACGCAGGUGCAGGACGACCUCCAGCUGAAGUCGGGACAGAUCUCCGACCUAAUGCUCACCGCAAACAAGGUGGAGCAGCAGGUGGCGACCAUCGAAAACUUCAGGAUCGAGCUUGCAAAGUAUGAUUCCGAGCGGAAGCAAUGGCAAGCGACCGCCACCGACUCGUUGAGCUGCAUGAAGCAGGACCUGGAUGUCUUCCGCUACGAGCUAGAGCGCAUGGACGCCUCCGUGCAGGGGACACAGCGCACCGUGGACCGCGUGGUCGGCGAGCUAGGUCGUGUCCAGGAUGUGGGAGACUCGCUUCGGGCAGAUUUGGAGAAGCGGCUCUCGCAGCAGAGCAAGAUGCUGAAUGUCUUCAAAAUGGAGCUCGAGGUGAAGCUGGUGAGCCUUGAGAAUCGCUAUGACAAGCUGAGUGAUGACCUGUGGGGUGAAGAGACAGGACUAGCGAAGGUCAUGCAUGAUCUUUCCCACACGAACGAGGUGGUCACCAGCAUGAGCACCGAGUUUGCUUCCAUGAAGCACGACAAGGCGAGCAUUGCCCAGCUUCAGAUGGUCCAGGAGGAGGUCAACAACUUCACUCUGGAGACCAACAACAACGUCACGGCCUUGCAGCAGACUGUUGACAGGAUGAUGGCAGACAUGAAAGCCCACUUUCAGACAGCCACCAACACAGUGGCGGCGCACAAUGCUGCCAUGCUACAGGAGGUUCGGACAGCCUACCAGGAAGAGUUGCAUGAGGCGGCUCAGGUUCGCAAGAAGGUCGAUGAGUUCAUGCAGUCCGAGCGUGAGUACCGUCGAACUUUAGAGGACAGCAUCUGCAAAUCCCAAGCUCAGACGGAAGACCUUGUGCGCCAGGUAACCUCAGAAGUCGAAGAGGUGGGCAAGCUUCGCCGCCGAGAUCGCAACAGCCAAGAGGUUGAAAUCAAAGCCGUGGCCAAGCAGCUCUCGACUGUGCAAGAUUCCUCGCAGCAUGUUGCGCAGAGCCUGGAGCACCUGAGCGCUGUGAUCUGGACGAUGGUGCAGUGCGAACGAGCGGCCUCGGCGUUGGACCUUCAGGAUGAUCAAGAUAGAUCCAAGAUCGCCCUGAUGGGCUACAAGGAAGAGCAGUCGGAGCUCAGGCCUCGAGGAUCGAAAUCUCGCAAGGGCCGAGCCUCUUCACCCUCAAGUGAGGCAGAUGGUCAAACCAUCAUCAACGUGGACGAGCGUUGUCUCAGCUGCUGCGGAAAAGCCCAGACGGUCCUUUCAGGCUUCAAGAUGGCCUGCUUGCAGUACUCUCCUGCGCCGGUUGUCUUCUCGCGCAAGACCUACAACAGGUCUGACUUGCUUGGCCUGCGGGAGAAGCUUCUGUCGCAGGUGCACGAUGCACUGCAGCAUGGGCCGGUGGAGUUUGACAAGGCCGAAAUCUUCGGAGCCACGGCGAACACGACUAUAUCCUCAGGUGCGAUUGUGGAGUCUCUGACAGGCACGAGUCUCGGGGUCCGUGGCAAGCCGGGACAUUGGACAACACAGAUGCUCAACAACCAUGUUCCCGAUCCAGUCCGUUGUCCAUGCCACCCAUUCAAUCGGCGUCGGGGCUCCCAAGAUGUUGAGGGAGAGAAGUUCAACAAUGUGAAGGUUAACCUAGCCGUGCCUUUCAACGCCGUCGAACACGGAAAUGAGGCGAUCGACACCCAUCAGAGCGGCAUGAAGGCGAGCCAGAAGACCUGCGCUUCGCUAUGCACUCGGGAGCUCUGCCUUGAUGGCAAUGUCGCGGAUGCUACAGGCUAUUCCAACUACGGCCCUUGUCGAGAGCAAGCUUCUCAGGGCUGCGACGAGCUAUCCCGGGCAAGAUGUGACGACUUCGCUAUCUUCCGUGCCAUCGGAGACGAGUGCUCAUACAGACUGCGUGGAGACAGCCAGCGCUCAACACGAUGUAUUCGGCCAGCACAUUCAUCCCCAACAGCAACGGAAUUGGUCUCGCUCCUGCGAUCCUUCGCCGGAGUCAUGUGCCGCCACCGACAGUUUCUGCAGAUGAUUGAGCUGCAAGGCUCCCUGCUGCCACUCUUGCGAUCUGCUGACCUUCUUCGGCUUGUAGUCGCCUGUGGGCAGCGCGGAGCCGAGUUCGCUUUUCCCCUUGGCAGCUUGAUGCUGCGAGAGCCGAAGGGGAAGCGUAGUGCCAGGAUACAUCAUCCCCCCCAGGGUCCCGUGCCACAGGUGUUGGUUACUGGUUUCUUCUCAAGAUGCCAGUUUCACCUCACCGCGCAGAACGCAGGGCAAAUCCGAAAGCCGCAAAUAGAGGUGGAAUUCAUUAUGCUUAUGGGUAGGAGCACUGAGGGUGCAGAUAUCAGCAGAAAGAUGAUUGGUCACACCUCUUUCGACCUCGAAGUAUUCUCGAAGCGGGCCAAGCGGGUCAUGCAUGUCUCAACCGGAGGCAAGAAAGGAGGAAGGAAAAGAAAGUCCAAGAGACGCAGCUUGUCACAAAAGUCUGGGGCAGGCAGCAGCAGCGGCGGUUUUGCCCUUCACCCGUUGCCAGUGCUUGCCACCUGCAGAGCCUUCAGAGAGUCCAGGAGCGCCACGGGUAGCUCCGCCCUCCUUGACCUCCAGCUCUCAGGACGAGCAACUGCAGGCAGCGAGGCUCAUCGUCGCUGGGUGCCGAGGCUCGACCCGAUCCCCAGCUGUCUCCGGGACAGUGGAUUCGAGCUCCCUCGUCUUCGGGUCGCAGUCUUCAACGCGUUUAGCCGGGUCGCACCACAUCCGGCGGCCAGUUGUUGCAAGGUUGCUUUGACGCAGACGCCAUGGUUCUUCAGCCAGGCCGUCUCGCGCUUUCUGCACAUCGGUUCGGCCCGAAAGCAGCACGGGCAGGGGAAGUGGCUAAGCAUGUUCGCUCCUGUGCGGGUCGAGCUGCUUCAGGUGGAGGACAUUUGGGAAGGACGUCUGCGCAGGUCGACCGGGCCCUUCAGCUCUGGAUUCGAUGUUCUGCUGGUGCCGGGUGGCUCAGCCAAGGCAGACUGGCGAAGCUUGGGAUCGGAGGGUCGCGAGGCCAUACAUCGUUUCGUGCAGAGCGGUGGGGGCUACUGCGGCAUCUGCGCUGGCGCCUUUCUCGCGCAUCGCCUUAGGCUACUGGAUGCGUUGAAGAAGACCGCGCAGCAAGGGAAGGAAAGGACGCUGAGCGACGGAGAAUCAGGUGACGAGCUCGACGAGCCACAAGUAGCUCCACACAUUCCACAAGCGAAGGCGAGCCGUGAUCCGUUUAUGGUAAAUGUGCAAUUUACCAAGAGAGGCAAGAGGCUAUUGUGGACCGAAGGUUCGGGGCCUCCAAGUGGCGAUGACGAGCUGCACAACGGGACUGUUCGUAUGCGCUACCAUAACGGGCCUUUGCUGAGAGUGCUAAAGGCAUCUCCGGCAGAAGCGCUAUGCAGCAUGACGAGCGACGCCACAGCAGCCCUGAAUGGAUGUGCAGCAGUCGUCCUACAAAAUUGUGGUGGUGGACGCGUGCUCGCGAUUUCACCACACCCAGAGUCAACGCAGGAUGGGCUGCUUGUGCCACAGCCUGGCAAGGAGAGAUUGCGCCGCGUGCUGCAACGUGCCGUGCUUCUUGCUGCCGCCGGGCCAGCUGCGCAUAGUUGGCUUGAGGCGGAAUUGCACAUUCCGGCAAAGUUGCGUACUGCUCACCUCAUUGCGCAAGCUGCAACCACAGCUCUCAUUGAAAGGCAUUACUUCCUCUUGUGCUCACCACUGGAGCUGCUGCAAACGGUCCAUGCCUCCGUUCGUUUGCUGCUGCUGCCCAGUGCAGACAGCAGAUUCUGGACCGACAUCUUUUCGCCCUGUCUCACAUGGGCUCUGACAUCAUUUCGCGGACGAGACAUGGUCACGACCUUGGCCGCCUGUGUGGCCUUUCAGCGUUUUCACGCAGCCCGGAGCAUUGCUGCUGCUCUGAGAACUGAACCAACUACUGCGAAACGCGACAUCUGUGUGUGGGCUGGGAGCCUGGCGGUUCUGGCAGGUUUUCGACAUCUCAGGGGACAGCUGCUUGAAGCCGGCGCCGCUACUUUUGCGGAGGCUUGCAUAGCGUAUGCCGGUUGUCUCGAGGAGUCCGAGGCGCGGCAGUUGCUUGCCUUCGCCCUUGCAGCAGGCCUGCAAGGAGUAUAUGUCGAGUACCCGAGAUUGGAGGAGCUGACGGAUGCGAUCCAGGUGAGGUAUCCCAAAUCAGCAAGACAGACUAAAUCCAGGAUGCACGAAGAGGUCUUGCAGAGCCUUCUGAUCGUCGUUAGUGGUCCAGCGUCGCCACUCGCCUGCCGACCUUCGUUGUCAGCAGAGGAGCCAUGCGCGAUCUACUCGAUAGAUAUUGCCGUGCACCGCACGCCACGCGCUGCAAAAAGCGCAGCGAGUCGUUUGUCAUUGCCGGGCCCUAAACCUCUUCAGCCUGGCGCGUCAAAAGGCCUGAGGGUGCUCUGA